AUGCACACGUCACUGAACGCUUUUUCGGAAACGGAUGAGCUCGAAAAUAUUUUGAGUCUUAGCGCUGGGCGCCCGUCACCGCUCAUCGAUAGCAUACUAGGCAAACCACCGCCGAAGGAACUUGAAGAGGAAGCAGAGCUGUAUUUGAAGGACGCAGACAUUGGUGUCGCACCGUUACAAAGAAGCUUUAAACUCAACGACGACCAGGCUCGCGCGGUGUCAGGAGCGCUCGCAAGCGCGACUUCAGCUUCGCAUCUACCCGUGCGUCUCAUUCACGGGCCUUUUGGAAGCGGUAAGACGCACACGAUUGCGGCGUUUGUCACCAAAGCCGCCGAGCUUUUGAAGUCUUCGAAUGGGAGAAUAAUGAUCGCUGCGCACACCAACGUCGCUGUCGAUCGGGUGCUUCAGUCUCUUCUCGAAGCCGGUUUCACUGAUUUCAUUCGUGUAGGAAGUGUUCGAAAGAUUGAUCCUGUGAUUCUUCCGUAUUCUCUUCACGUCAAGACUGGCAAAGGACCGUCGCAAGCGAAAGAGCUCGAAGCCAUGCUCAAGGAAACGACUUCGGUGCGAAAAAGAGCCAUUUUGCAGAAAGAAAUCGAGACUCUGUCGUCAGGUAAAGUUGGGAUGCGGAAAGCGUUGCUGAAAAAGUGUAGCGUCGUUGGCGUCACGUGUUACUCGUCAUCUCACGAAGAUCUCAAGAACAUGGAGUUCUCGGUGGUCGUUCUUGAUGAGUGCUCUCAGAUGACAGAACCGAGCAGUUUGCUUCCGGUGGUACAGUCACGGUGCAAAACGCUCGUCGCUGUUGGCGACCCUUUGCAGUUGUCGCCAGUCGUCGCCGAUGUUCCGGAAAGCAAUCGAUCGAAAGCAAACGUGACCCGCAACCCGCUCAAACGAACGCUCUUUUCUCGCCUGAGCGACGCUGGGCAUUCCAAAGUGACGUUGCGCACGCAGUAUCGAUUGCAUCCGGCACUUAGUGCCGUCCCAAACAAGUGUUUCUAUGACGGUGUCUUAAUCGACGGCAUCGGUGCGAGCGAUCGGACGAGUUUGAUUCGACUGACGACGGGCGGUGUUUUGUCGCCCAUCGUCUGGUGGGACACGAGUGGAUUUGACACAAAGGAGGGGCAAUCGAAACUCAACGUUGAAGAAGCGACGCGCGUGAGUGGUGUCGUGCGAUGUUUGCUCGAUAACGACGUUCCGGCUGGUAGGAUCGGCGUGAUUGCGUUUUAUGCAGCGCAGGCGUCGUGCGUGUCAAACAAGCUUGCGCACGCCCCUCACGACGUCGCUCGCGAGAUGACCAACGUCAACGAUGACGAGGAUUUUGAAUCCUUUCUCCCAUCCGACGUGCAAGUGAGUACGGUGGAUGCGUUUCAAGGCCAAGAGAAAGAUGUCAUCAUCAUCACAUUGUGUGGUGCACCGUUGAGUACCUUCACGAAUGCGGAGCGUCUGAAUGUUGCGCUCACGCGUGCAAAGCGACAUCUCAUCGUCGUCGGAGCCGCAGCAGUGGCGCAAAAGUCCAACGUUUCGGCGUGGGUGGAAACUUUGAAACGUGCGAGAUCCACACCAAAUGGAUACAUUCCCUUGAGUUAUGAAACCAACGCUGUGUUGCAGAAAUGGAGUCCAGCCGUGAAGGAGAGCGUCGAACAUGAUGACGUUCUCCUAUCCCCAAGUUCUGAAAUCGCGCCUUCGCCGCGCUUUUUAAACGACCGCGAAACGCUCCUUGAACUUGGAUUCGAUCAAAAGCGCUACUGGGACUUUUACUGCGCCGUCAUGCGUGGUGUCAACUACGAUCACAAACAAAGUCGCGCGACCGUUACCGAAUCGCCGUUGCGGCCCUUCAUUCAACGCGUGUUCCCGCGUGUCUUCGACGCAAACGGCGACAUCGAAUGGUCCAAGGCAAAGGUGAAACGCGCGCUCAGCAUCGACGUCAUUGGCCUAUUGCGUCGAUUCAUAGAAUACGAACACGGCUCGGAAUGGGGCACUCUGGACAAGCUCAUAGACGCGUUUGAGGACCGCGAGGAAUUCGAACGCGACCCCACGGGCUUUGGUUGGAUGUGCGUUCAAGAGGCGGAGGGCGCCGUCGCCGUGGGUGACUGCGGCACCGGACCCACGACCCGUUCCGACGACGCCGACGAAGAUUCCUGGAACACGUAGACUGUCGGUCAACUAGACGACGCACGCAUUGCAUGAAACAUUCUUUAAUUUCCGCAGCGGAAAUUCCGCUCGCAGUCGCCCCGACGCCGAGAAACAAAACGACACUUCGUCACUCGGCGACGCAUCGCGCCCGAACUCAACCACCCGCGCGCGUUCGGCGCCCGAAAUCCGCGCACGCGCGCAUCGGAUUACACUUCUUCUAGCAUGCUCGCGCUGUCUCCCACCGCCCUCGCCGUCGUCAGCGACACCGACGAACGUCGUCGUCGCGCAUCGAGCGCGCGAACCGCCGACGACGCCGCGUCGACGUCUGCGCUCGAGCGCGCGCUCGCGGACGCGCGAACGCGCGCGCGCGAGUCGAGCGUGAAAGUGUGUGAGCUGGAGGAAUCGUGUGCGGCGCUCGCCAUCGCAGCGGGACGCGCGGAAACGCGCGCAAAGGCGCUGGGGGAACGAUUAGCCGACGCGGAACGCGGCGCGUCGUCGACGUUGGAGCGAGACGCGCUGGAGACACGCGUCAAGGCGCUGGAGACGGCAAAUGAACGCCUGAGAGUGGGGUUGCGAGAGAAGAGCGAGCGCGUGGACGCGCUGGAGGCAGAGGUGCGGGAGGGGAGACGCGCGGAGGAUUCGGCGGGCGACGCGGCGACGACGACGGAGACGGAGACGGCGGCUCGGAGGGAACGAGAGAUCGUGCGCUUGCGUGGAGAGUUGAGUCGACAAGCACAGGUGAUUGCAGAUGCGUAUAGGGAUGAGGUACAGCGAUUGCAGCGAGAGUUGGCGAUGAGCCAAGGGCGAUGUGAACGCGCGGAGAAGGAGAACGCGCAGUUGAAGAAGAAACUAGCCACCCGCGUGGGCGAACGUAGGACGUACGAGUCACCGUACGCGUACGCCAAGUACGAGGGAAAGAUCGAUACAAUCAGGCAUGCAUCAUCGCCAUCGCGAAGUCCAUUGGCUCGACGAUGCGAAAACGUGUUCGAACGAUUGGCGACGCCGAAAAGAAUCUCGGAACGGUCGUCUCCCGCAAUUUCGCCGAAGAGUUUUCGAUGAUCGGAUUCUUA